AACUUCCGCCGUGGUGUGUGUCCUGUUGUCAUCGAUCUUCUGCUUCCCUUUGUACGCGUCGGGACCGGUUCAAACUCGACCGGGCGCCCUGUUUUUCUCGCUUGGUCGCGACUCAACGUUGAAAGAGGUGAUUUAAGAACGGGUCCGGUCACAAAAUGGAAGAGAACGAGGAAGUGUGCGGAGAAACGGGGAAGAACAAGAAGCUGAAAGUUCGAAGGAUGACAUCGAGGACGUCCAUGUCCAGCGUCCGGAGCGCGGCCGCAGAGGCUUCCCCGCAAACCCUGUGGAGGAACAACAGCAAGAAACCUCCACUCCAGAGAGGCAGCUCCUUCACCUUUCUUACACCAGGGACACCGUGGGACUUCAGCCUAAAGAGGAAGCGCAAAGAGAAGGACGACGACACGGUCAGUCUGCGGAGCUUCGACCUCAAGGAACCCAGCAACAAGCGAGUCCGACCUUUGACCAAAGUUUCAUCUCUCGUCAACUUGAUGUCUCCAAAGAAUGGGGCAGUGCGCCGCUUUGGUCAGACCCUCCAGUCAAUGUCGUUACGUAGCGAUUGCAGAUCGCCAGGGAUGUCCCGCCAAUCCAGCAGCAAGGCAGCAGGUCCCACUCCCACGAAACGGAGGAACAGCACGCUGUGGUCAGAGAUGCUGGACGUCCAUCAGAAGAGCACGUUCUCCACCAAAGAGAUCAAGAGACAAGAGGCAAUUUAUGAGCUUUACAGGGGGGAGCAGGAUCUCAUUGAAGAUCUCCAACUUGCACGAAAGGCGUACCAUGAUCCGAUGCUAAAGCUCUUAAUCAUGACGAAGGAGGAGCUAGCUCACAUAUUUGGGGACCUAGACGCAUACAUCCCCAUACAUGAGGAUUUACUGAUGAAACUGACGGAGGGAACUGGCUCAGAUGGAACUGUCGCUCUAAUCGGACAGAUGGUAAUAGACUGGCUGCCUGGUCUGAAUGCUUACAAAAACUACUGCAGCAACCAGCUUGCAGCCAAAGCGCUGCUGGACCAGAAGAAGCAGGACAAGCGGGUGCAGGACUUCCUGCAGCGCUGUCUCGAGUCGCCCUUCAGCAGAAAACUUGACUUGUGGAGCUUCCUGGACAUCCCACGUUCACGCCUGGUGAAAUACCCGCUGCUGCUGCGAGAGAUCCUCAGACACACUCCUCCUGAUCACCCAGACAUCAUCAGUCUGGAGAGAGCUAUUUCCAUAAUCCAGGAGAUUCUGUCCGACAUCAAUCUGAGAAAGGGGGAGUCUGAGUGUCAGUAUUAUAUUGACAAACUUGUGUAUCUGGAUGAGAAGCAGAGAGACCCUCUCAUAGACAACUGUAAGACCCUACUGUUACACGGGGAGCUGCGGAACAAGAGUGGCUCGAGGCUGCAUGUGUUUCUCUUCUCUGAGCUGCUGGUUAUGACGCGGCCGGUGACACGUGAUGACAAAAGCUGCUUCCAGGUGUAUCGACAGCCAAUCCCAGUGAGGGACCUGGCUCUGGAAGAAGUGCAGGACGGAGAGAUCCGGGUGGCGGGGUCGUUCAGAGGAGCUUUCACCAACACAGAGAAAGUGAAAAACAUUUUCCGUGUGAGCUCCCUGGAUCCCUCCCAUGGCCAGUCCCACACCCUGCUUGUCAACGACGUCUACCACAAACAGCAGUGGCUCAAUUGUCUGCGCACUGCGAUGGCUCAGCAGCAGCGGGAGGUUCCACCGAGGGUUCAGCAGGUUGACGCCAUCGGAGCUAAACGCCGCUCUUCCGUCCUCUCAGCCACCAUCUGUGACGAAGAGACGGCCGAGAACUGUCCACCCGUCUUGGGCCCUAAACUCAGGCCUCAGACGCUCUCCAAAACAAGACUGGACCAGAAGUUGCGAGGCUCAAUGAAGAGGAAGGAGACUGGGGUGUAGACAUUUAACCUGGUGGUUCACAUAUAGGUUCCUCUCAGACCGGCACAUGUGACGUCUUUGUCACAUGUCACUGAAUUAUCAUGCGACCAAUGUUUAGUGCUUUAGCUUCGUCCAUGCACUGAAAAAGCCUAGCCAAUCCUUUCCGUCCAAAUGUAAAUGUUUUGUCUUUAAAACUUGUAAUUAGCUUUCCAAAAAAAAGGGAUACAUGCCAGUGUGACUGAAACGUGUUUACAUCAGUGAAAUGUGUGGAAUUAGGGUUUUCUCUAUGUACAUAACUUUAAAGGUUCAGUGUGUGUGAUUUAGGUGAAAGGAUCUUUUGGUAGUAACUGAAUAUAAAAUAAUCCUAGUGAUGUUUUCACUAGUGUGUUUCCUCUAAAUUGUACAAAUUGUUGUUUUCCUUAACCUAGAAUGGGACUUUUUAUAUUUAAAUCAGGAGAGGGUCCUCUGCUGAGGCCACCAUGUUUUUUUACAGUUGCCCAAACUGAACAAAGUAAACCUUUUGAGUUUUAUGUCCACUGAAGGCUACCAGAAGUUCUCUGUUUAAUGUUUGGAAGGGGGGGUUAAGGUGUAGGGUAUUUAGCUGCAACAUGCAACCACUCACCACUAGAUGUCACUCAAAUCUACACACUAAACCUUUAAACUAUUUUAAACCACUUGUAGCUCUUAUUUCAUUUUUUCAUUCCAGUGUUGACACGUUUAUAUUUUCUUGUUUUUUUGUGUAAGUAGCCAUGUGUGUGUGCAGCUGUCUGUUGUGAGUGUUACCAGGAGGCAGGGACAAAUUGUGAUGGCCUGAGUUUUUCUGAGAACAAAGCCAUUAAACGAGACAACGGUCAAAUGUUUGCUCUAAAAAGACAGAAGAUAAUGAGCAGAACAUUGACCAUAAAAACAUACAACAAAGUUAAAAACAUUUCAGAGAGAAAAUCAAAAGAACCUAGAUGUAUUCAGUGGAAAAAAAAUAAAAUGUGCUUGUACUUAAAAUGAA